AUGUUCGGGCUCGUGCACACGAAGCUACGAGGUCGGCGAGCCGCGGCGGGCUGGGUGGGCGGAAACGUCAGCGGCGGGGUGUCCACAACGCGGACCUCUCUGGAGCUCGUUAGUCAUGUGCGGGGGCUCGAUGCGCGGACUUACCGCAGUAGGGACCACGGCAGGGGCAAUGUGGCGGACCCUCCGCCUGCGCAGCAACGAUGCGCGACGGGCAGCGGCCACAAGCAGGCGGAAGGGCGACGAGCAGAGGAGGAAGAGCAGGACGAGGGACAGAGGACGGGGACGGAGCGGCGCCCGCGCUGA